UCAGGUGAAAAAGUAGCUGCCUGCUCUCAUUGGUUGGAUGUGGAUGUCAAGACGGCCGACAGCUUCAGAUAUUUAGCAUGCCCACCCUCAGUCUAGGUUCUGCUCAAGGUUUCUACCUGUUAAAAUGAGGUCUUUCCUGCCACUGUUGCCAAGUGCUUGCUCAUGGUAGGAAUUGUUGGGUCUCUGUAAAUUUUUACAAAGAGUAGGGUCUAGACCUGCUCUGUAUGAAAAGUGAUGAGUAAAGCAAUGAGAUAACCUCUGUUAUGAAUUGGUGCUAUAUAUAUAGAUAGAUAUUUUGCAGAGCUUCAGUCAUCCACACUAUGAUGAACUUUACCUUGAUAACAGCUUUCCUUCUCUGCAGCCUCAGCUGGAUCUCUGUCUCAGUUUCUGAGUCUCAGACUGUGGCGGUCGAGUCUGGUGAAGACGUCACACUGCUGUGCUCCAACAUUUCCAAAAAUGAAGCUGUAACAUUCUGGAUCAGACUUGUCCAGAGAACCAACAUCAGCUGUGUCUCUGUUAUGAUCACAUCUAAAAGCCAAGCUACAUUCUGUGAUGGAUAUCAAGAUGGAAGAUUUGAAAUGAGCUCCAACAUCUCUGCUCUCUUUCUCAAAAUCAAACAAGUGGGUCUAUCUGACUCUGGACUGUAUUUCUGUGGAUUUUAUGUAGACGGACGUCCAAGUUUCAGUGUAAUACAUUUAGACAUUAAAGGCAGCAAUGAGUCGCAUGAUGACGUGGACAGCAAGUGUGAAAAAGAGUCUGAUGGAAUAGCAAAGCUGACGAGUGUGAUCCUGGGCGGCCUGACUGUUUUCCUUGUAAUAGUCAUCAUCGGUCUGCUUGUUAAAAACAGGAAACUUCAGACAGCUCAUAAAGAAGAACAGAAUCCAGAGCAAACAGAGAAUGUGGCCUCUGAUGAGCUGAACUACGCAGCAGUGACUUUUCAACCAAAAGGAAAAAGAAGAGAGCGAGAGCCGAAUGUUAUUUAUGCUGCCACCAGAUAGACUCGGGAGACAUCUGAAACUGAUGCUGUAUCGUAUUAAAAUGCUUUGGGGCUUUUUUAUGGCUUGUUGGUGAGAGCAAUGACCACUCUUGCCAAAUCAUUUAAUUUUGGAAUAAAGAUCCAAUGUUCAAUGUG